AUGGCAGCAUCACCAACUGUAAAUGCUGCACUUAUUCACUCAUUACAACGUGCACGUGACCAUCAAAGCUAUGUUAAUGUAGUUUCACCAUCAUAUCCACAAAAUAAUGUUCCUUAUAACUCAUCACCAAUUGAAACAAUCACAACAGGUCCUAUUAUAAAGAAUACAGAUCAAUCAAAUUCAAAACCUCCAUGGAAUUCUUCAUCUGUAGCUCAACCAACAAAAACUUCACGUUCUGUUUUUCUUGAUAAUAAUGUUCCACGUCAAAUAUAUCCUACUGCAACUACAAUUCGUCCUGUAAAUAAUACAGAAGUUACAGCGCCUGUUAAAGUUGUACGUUUGCCAACAACUAUAAUGGGAGAACCAUCACAUACAUCACCUGUUUAUAUUCAAUAUCCACAACAAACAUAUCCAACAAAUACAAAAUUAAUUCGUACAGAACCUCAAGUGAUUGUACUCGAUUCACAAUCAAACGAACAAUCAUUAUUAAAUUAUCCUCAACGAAAUAAUAAAUAUUCAACGAGAUAUUAUCCAGAUACAGAUAUUUUAUAUAAUCAACCGAAAUCUUCUGUUUAUCGAUAUUGUCAAUGUUGUGCUCGUGGUCGUCUUGCUUCACGUUGUCCAUCAUGUUAUUUUUGUGAAUUAUUCUAUGGUUGUCCACUUUAUUGUUGGAUAUUAACUUUGCUUCUUCUUCUUUUACCUAUGCUUGCCAUUUUCGGAUGGCUUAUUUCAGAACAACCAGCAAUUAAUCCAGCUAAACGACAAUAUAUAACAGAACAAUCUUCAAUUGUUCAAAAUGAUGUUUAUGCUGUAAUGCAUAAUUGUGCAGUACCAUAUUGUACCAAUGCAUCUCCAUCAACAACAAUUAAUCAAUUAUAUCUUACAUAUCAUGAUUAUUCAGCAACACAAAUAACAUCAAAUGGAAAUAUAUUUCAAACAUUUUCAUUAAUUUUCUUUGGACUCUUAUAUAUUUUAAUCAAACUAUGUGAAAUAUAA